AUGUCGGAAAAUAUAGUUUCACCGACGACUCUGCGUCCGGACGAGCGGACACCGUUGCUGCAAAGCUCCAACGACCGUGCACAACACUCCUCACCAGACGACAACGGCUUCCCAUCAUCUUCAACAUCACCAACCGUUUCACAAACCCUGAGGAUGUCUACCGAGCAGAAGACACUCUUCAAUGCCGCGGCAUCACCCCACGACUCUUCAAAAAGAGCGGCGGCGGGGGUUGACGUUGAUCGCUUUGACGGCACCACCAAGCUCGUGAGAGCAGAUGGCGGGAUUUUGCUGAUCCCCAAUCCCACUCAGGAUCCCAGAGACUCUUCAUCCGGCCUCACCCUCGUCACGGCUCUCGGUGCGCUCAUCGUCUACAUCAAGCCCGAGUAUGAGCAAGCCGGGGUGACGGAUGAGCAGAUCUCGAGUCUGCUCACGUACCCUAACCUCCUCCUCGGCAUCGGCAACCUGGUGUCGAUGCCGCUGGCCGUCGCCAUCGGCCGCCGCCCCGUGCUCCUGGUCUCGACCAUCGGCGUCGUCGUCGGCGCCGUGCUCUGCGCCACCAACACCUCCUUCGCCGGCCACCUCGCCGCCCGCUGCAUCGCCAGCCUCAGCGCCGCCCAGUGCGAGGCCUUGGUCCUGCUCAUGGUCCAGGACAUAUAUUUUCUGCACCAGCGCUCCCGCGUGCUCCAGUGGCUGUCGUCGUGUCAGGUCGUCUUCAACAGCUCCCUCGUCAUCAGCUGCUCCUACAUUGCCAACUCGGCCGGCUGGCGCGCCUACUACUGGAUGUUUGUGGGUCUGGCCGCCCUGGCCUCCAUCUUGACCUUCUUCUUCGUGCCCGAGACCUCGUACGAGCGCCCGAUCCAGUCCUUCAUCGGCCUCGACGGCUCCGCCCUGUCCUCGCAGAUCGACCUCCCGUCCAUGGUCGAGGCCGACGCCCCUAGGACCAUCGACUCGACUGCUGCUACCGCCGACGACGAGGAGACACAGCCGCGGUCCGCCGCGGGCGGCAAAUUUGCCUAUCUCACGUCCAAGGACCGCCGCACCGUCGACCUGGAGCGCUACCCUCCCCGUACGCUCUCGUCCGACAUGCGCAUCUUUGUGACCAGGCCCAACUGGGCAUCCAUGGUGCGGACGGUGCGCGAGAUCGUCUCGGUGUUUUGGUUCCCCAACGUGCUGUGGGUGGCCAUGUUCAACGGCCUGUUCCUCGCGGCCGACAUUUCGAUCCAGAUCACGUACGGCACCGUGCUGGUGUCGCCGCCCUACAACUGGGCCGAGACGUCCGUGUCGCUCAUCCAGCUGGGCCAGAUCGUCGUGGCGCUCAUCUGCGUGCCCAUCGUCGGGCAGGCGGGCGACUGGGCCAUCCGGUCCUUUGCCAGGAAGCGGGGCGGCAUCCACGAGCCCGAGUUCCGCCUGCUGCCGUUCGUGCCGCCCGUGAUCCUGGGCAUCCUGCUGACGGGCAUGUACGGCUUCGUCAUCACCAACCCGGAGCGGUACCACUGGAUGGCCAUCGCCUUCACCGUCGACGCCUACCUGUACAUCCUGCUGGCCGCCAGCACCAUCGGGACCACGUACCUGAUCGACUCGUACCCGAAGCGCGCCGGUGCCAUCCUCGUCGUCAUCCCCGUCACCAGAGGUCUGGUCAGCUUCGGCAUAAGCAACGGCACCGUCGGUUACAUUGCCAACAUUGGCGCCGCCAACCUGUUUGGUGUUUAUGCCGGUGUCAUUGCCCUCUUUGGUCUCAUGGGCUGCGUCUUGUUCUGGGCGGGCAAGUCCGUGAGGAGGUUCUGUGCCCCUUGGGCUGCUGAUUAUGAAUGA